AUGGGCGCCGCCGCCCGCCACGCCCUCCUGGUGCAGGACUUUGCGGCGCUGCAGCUGGAGGAGAUUGAGAAGAACAUUGCGUCGCGGCGCAACAAGAUCUUCCUGCUGAUGGAGGAGGUGCGGCGGCUGCGCAUCCAGCUGCGCCUGCGGGGCGUGGCGGAGGAGGCGACGCCCGAGGAGGAGUACCCCUCCUCCAUCCCUUUCUUCCCGCCCAUCAACGAGAAGACCAUCAAGAUGUACACGCGCUUCUACGCCAUCACGGUGGCAGGCAUCAUCACAUUCGGAGGGCUGGUGGCUCCUAUCCUGGAGGUCCGCCUGGGCAUCGGAGGCUCCUCCUACUUUGACUUCAUCCGCUCGCUGCAUCUGCCCACCCAGCUGGCCCAGGUGGACCCCAUAGUGGCCUCCUUCUGCGGCGGCGGCGUGGGCGUGCUGACCGCGCUGCUCAUCGUGGAACUCAACAACUCCAAGAUGCAGGAGAAGCGGCGGUGCAUCUACUGCGAGGGCUCGGGCUACCUGACCUGCGGCAACUGCGUGGGCACGGGGGUGAGCGGCGGCGAGGGCGCCAUGUGCGCCAACUGCGCCGGCACCGGCAAGGUCAUGUGCACGAGCUGCCUCUGCACCGGCAAGAAGCUGGCCACGGAGCACGACCCGCGGGUGGACCCCUUCACGCUGGGCAUGGAGUGA